AUGGCCACGAGCGUUGCGAAUGGGGGCGGUCCUGCGCCGAUUGUUUCUGCACAGGAGUCAAGGCCGCAGGGGAAGUCUGGAAAGUCGCGAACGACUAUACCUGCCCCAAGCGGAACCUUUGUCCUGGGCAAAACGAUUGGAGCUGGAUCAAUGGGCAAAGUAAAAUUGGCACGGAAAGUAGAAGGUGGUGAACAGGUUGCAGUGAAGAUUGUCCCGCGAGGCUCAACAGACGACGGACACAAUCAAAGUCGAGCCGACCGAGAGCGAGCAGAUCAUUCAAAAGAGGUUCGUACGGCAAGAGAAGCGGCUAUCGUGACGCUUUUAGAUCACCCAUACAUUUGCGCCAUGCGGGAUGUUGUGCGGACUACCUAUCAUUGGUAUAUGCUUUUUGAAUACGUCAAUGGGGGGCAGAUGCUCGACUACAUAAUCUCACAUGGGCGGUUGAAGGAAAAGCAGGCUAGGAAGUUCAGCAGACAGAUCGCAAGCGCUUUGGACUAUUGCCAUCGAAACAGCAUAGUCCAUCGAGAUCUGAAGAUCGAGAACAUCUUGAUCAGCAAAACAGGAGAUAUCAAGAUCAUCGAUUUUGGUUUGAGCAAUCUUUUCGCUCCGCGGGGACAUUUGAAGACUUUCUGUGGAAGCUUGUAUUUUGCGGCACCGGAGUUAUUACAGGCAAAAGCAUACACUGGUCCGGAAGUUGAUGUCUGGAGUUUUGGAAUUGUGCUCUAUGUUUUAGUUUGCGGCAAAGUUCCUUUCGAUGACCAGAGUAUGCCAGCAUUGCAUGCAAAAAUCAAGAAAGGGAUUGUGGACUAUCCGAACUGGCUUUCACCGGAAUGCAGGAAUCUCAUCUCGAGGAUGCUUGUGACGGACCCGAGGCAGCGCGCCAGUUUGCAGGAGAUAAUGAACCAUCCUUGGAUGGUUAAAGGAUUCAAUGCACCACCAGAAAACUACCUGCCAGCUCGCGAACCCCUCCAACUACCUCUCGACUCAAGCGUUGUCCAAGCAAUGACUGGCUUCGAUUUCGGAUCACCAGAGACGAUAUCAGCACAAUUGACAGAGGUUCUCGAGUCGGUGGAAUAUCAAAGGGCAGUGCGAUUAGCUACACAUGAGCGCGAGGUUCAGCCACCUCCAAAAGACGCAGAAAAAAAGAGAGGAUUUGGAUUUGACUUCUAUAAAAGGAGAAGUUCUACAACCAGCAGGGACACUCUUUCAGCUCCAAGCUCGGAAGCUUUGGCAUUGGGAAGCGAUCCGGUCAACGCAUUCCACCCACUCAUAUCAGUUUAUUAUCUUGUCAGAGAGAAGCAGGACCGCGAUCGGCUAAUAGCCAACCCAGGGGCAACUAGCAUACCCCGAUCACCUGGCGAGGCUCCUCUACAAAUGGCUGCCGAAAUCCCUCCUCCAAAACCUGCACACACAAACGCUGCAGCAUACGAGAUGGUGGGUGAAAAACCAACUGGGGGGAGAUCAAGACCGCGUGCUCGCACACAUGGAGAGGACGAAGUUGUGGAGACAUUGAAGAAUACCAAGAUUGCAAGUGGUCCAACAUCGCCUGCCAUUAUCGAACCUCCUCCAGAGACGCCGCGUAAGGAGAGUAUGGGUGCUGGCAUAUUACGCCGAUUGAGCACACGGAGAAGGAAAGAGCCAACCGAGAAGUCAAUGGAUAGAUCCCACCCUCCACUAGUCCAUGUGCAAUCACCACAUGAGCCUCAUACUCUUCGCAAAAGCUUCAGCGUACGGCGGACUAGGGAAAGGACUACAGAUGGCCCUCCAAGUUCCAUACUUCGUUCCGGAAGCAGUCAACCUCACCACAGCGAUCUAUUAACACCGCCCAGAACGGCCGAUAGUCCACGAAGCGCGAAGGGAUUGGGAAGAUCGACAAGCGUCAACUCAGCAGAGUUUCGCAGAAAGGAGAACCGACGAGGUGCCUCAGAGGCCCCUCCACCACGAGUCACCUACAAAGAACCACCGCCUACGAGUGGUUCUGACCAUUCUACUGUAAAUGAGAAGGCCCCUCGAGAUGACGAUCAGCAGAAGACUCACUUGAAUCCGAAAUCUGCAACCAUGAGAGCGAAGUCGCUUGGUCAUGCACGAAGAGAUAGCAUCCAAGCAAGACGUGCACGGAGAGAAGAAGCUCGGGAGGCCAACGUCCCAGAAGAAACAGAUGUCGAGGUUGGUGAUGCAAGCGGAUUAUCAACAGAGCGUGUAGACAACGCAGAAAACGCAAAACCCGUGUUCCUGAAAGGCCUCUUUAGCGUAUCAACAACAUCAACAAAGCCAGUCAGUGUAAUCCGGGCAGACAUAGUUCGAGUCCUAAAACAACUGGGCGUUGAAUACCGCGAGAUUCGAGGCGGCUUCUCAUGCAGACACUCGCCGUCCAUCGACCUGAAGAAAGUCAUCGAUCCCCCGCCCAGCAGCCACGGAAACCAGACCCCAGGCCACCGACGGCGAAUCAGCUUCGGCGGUUUCAUGGGUGGCGGGAACAGCAACAGCCUCGACCGAGAGCGGGAAGACUUCCGCGAAGCCGAAAAGUCGCCCCAGACACCAAGAACACCCGGCAGGAAUCAGAAUCGCGGCGGCGCAGACAACAGCCUCACAAAUUCCGAUGCCUCGGACGAGAGCGUCAACGGCCACCACAGAGGCUCAUCUGCGAGAGCGGUGGGUGAGACGAGCACCCAUGUUCAGAGCGAACUUGGCGGCAGCAUGAUCUUGGAGUUCGAGAUCUUCAUUGUGAAGGUUCCGUUACUGAGCUUGCAUGGAAUCCAGUUCAAGAGGUUGGCAGGCAACACCUGGCAGUAUAAGAGUAUGGCGGAUCAGAUCUUGAGGGAGUUGAGGCUUUGA